AUGCCUUCUGUCUUCAUCCCGCUGUCAAACACCACGACAGCUGCUUUCAUCCUCUUGCCAACCCUCGCUGUUGUCCUGGGCUUUCUCUGGCGCCGGCGCGGCCCCGAAGCUAUCAUCUACCAUGACGCCACGAAAGACACCAUCACUCUGACCGACAGGCGGGGCCACUUGUCGCUUAGGCUGAGAUAUGGCCAGUCUUGCGUGAUCGAGCAAGCUGUCGUGCGUGGGCGCCAGGUCCUUGCAGCCACAGGCGCAGCCAGCGGCAUCAAGGUUGGCGACAGAUGGUACACCAGCCGUGCCGCGAUCCACACGCCCCGUCUCCUCAUCACCAGUAGCACCCUCGCCGUCAGCGAGAUCGCUUUUGGGCCCCCGAACGCCUUGGUCACCGAGACCUGGCUCUUCAAGGUGGAGAAGGAUCGCAUAACGUGGCGUAUCGACCGCACGUACCCCCAGGACAUGGUCCUCGACGACGUGGCUUUUCCCUCCUGGAACUUCACCAGCAUGACGACCUGGACGGGCGGCAUCCUCGGCACCGGCGGCGUGGUCCUGCCCAAGUACCUCGAGAACCCCAACAUGACCUAUGGCGUGCACUCUGGUGCUGUGACCUUUUGGAACAGGCUCGCAAACGACGCCCUUCGCAUCGUAUCUACGCCCGUAUCCUCGCGGGGCCAAGCUCGACACUGCACCUCGCGCUUCUCGCACCAGCCACAGCUAGGGAACGCGGUGAGCGAGUUCACCUACAACGCUACUGUCAGCCACGAUGAGCUUCAGCCCAAGUACAACCUGAAUCGCUUCCUAGGAGACCGACAGGAUCUCUGGGCUCCUUUUACGGCACGGGCUGGUGAGCAGAGCGUCGAGAUAUCGCUGCAGGCCCUCGACUAUAAAAAGGCAUACAAUCGAGGCACAUUCAAGGGCCUGGACGGGGGCAGCAUCCGGGAGCUGCUCAACACGGUGGCACGCUACGGCGUGAUUGAUGCGAAGCUGGUCGGGGCUAAUGGCUGGCGCACCGGCUACAUCUGCCUGCACGAGCCCUUCUUUGCGCAGAUCGCCUCGGCUCUCAACGAUUCAAACUACGAUGCCAAUCUUGCUAAAUGCCUUGACUAUGAGCGGGAUCACGCCAUUGAAUCGGAUGGGCGUGUGCUUGCGCGCUGGAAGAACGACUCAGUUGACGCUAUGGCGGGCACCUACAAUCGCUAUGGCUUCUAUGAGGCUCAAUGGGGCUUCCUGCUCGACUCCCAACCUGACUACGUCACCAAUGUUGUGCAGCAGUUCUACAUCUCGGGUGACGUGAAGUGGCUGGCUGGUCAGAAGGAGGCUUGCGAGCGAGCACUAGAGUACUUGAUCCGCCGCGAGGUGGACGAUUCGGGCAUCGUAACCGUGCUGACAGACUCGAGGCUCCAGGGCAAAGGCAGUGACUGGUACGAUAUUGUCUGGGCCUCGUACAAGAACGCUUGGGUGAAUGCCCACCUUUACAACGCCUUGACACUAUGGGCUGACGCGGAGGAGGCGCUGGGCGACAACGCCAAGGCCGCCAGCUACAGGGCCUUUGCCGCGCGCCUCAAAGAGUCCUUCAACCUCCCGAUACAACAGGGUGGCUUUUGGGAUGAGAAGAAUCGGAUGUACGUUUACUGGCAUGACAAGGACGGCUCUGUGCACGGCGACAACACCUUCACGGGGGUCAACUUUGCGGCCAUCAGCGUCGGCAUCUGCGACGACGCGGGCCGCCGCAAGGCUAUCAUUGAGCGCAUCGAGGCUGACAUGGAGAAGGAAGGGCUCUUCUACUGGCCGAGCAACUUCACGACGUUUGCCGACGACGAGGUCGCCAGUUCUAACCUGCCCUUCCCCAAGUACGAAAACGGCGACAUUUUCCUCUCCUGGGGUGCCCUCGCCAUCCGCGCCCACGCCCUGCACAAGCCCGAGCUGGCUCUCAAGUAUGUGAGGAACGUGCUGAAGCGCUACGACGAGGACGGGCUCUCCUUCCAGCGCUACGAGCGGGAAAAGCAAAACGGCGCCGGUGACGACAUCCUGGCCGGGAACUGCACGGCCAUCGUGGGUCUCUACCGCGACAUCUACGGCAUCCAGCCGCGACCGAACCGGCUGCUCCUCGAUCCCCAUCUCAGCCCUGAGCUCAAUGGCACGCAGCUCCUAUAUACCCUUCGAGGUCAGGAGUACCAAAUUGACCUUAGCACGGGUGGUUCUUCCAUCACCACGGAGAACGUGACCGUUGAAGCACCAUGCCCUUUCGGUAUCAGUGUGUCUGAUGCUGCAGUGCAGUACUUUCCCGGUGAUGGAAAGGAGUGGGGCCUCUCAGUUCGACCGGCGAACUCGCAGGAACUCAACAUACAGGUAGAGGCCUGGGAAAGCAACCUCGCAUCUGUAUCUCCUCGUCGAUGGACAGAAACGGCGAUGGCGACAGGGAAAGUGGCGCACGAGGUGGCUGGUCUACAGCCUAAUUCUCUGUACACGCUUUACAGCUCCCGGGAUACAAAGACGUCUCUCUGGGCGGAUGACUCGGGCCGCAUUCAGUUUUCAUCUCUGCUGAACGCAAAGUCACCCGUGAGCUGCGAGCUUGUACUGGCGAAGUACUAG